CAUUUUUGAAACCCCGAAGAACUGUUGGUCAAAUACCACAGUCCUGGAGUCUUUCUUAGAUGGCACCCACUGUGAUGGGAGAGAUCUCUUCUCGAUUGAACAAAUCGGGCAGGCCAAGGCUAAAACAGUGGGCCCCGAAAGUCAAGUCUGGCUGCAUUACAUGCAGGAUACGACGGAUCAAGUGUGACGAGACCAAACCGAGCUGCACGAGAUGUACAUCAACCGGAAGAAACUGCGAUGGUUAUGACGAGCUUGCUAUCAAGCAAGUGAUCAAGCCACAGCACGUGGUGCAGAUGCCAUCGGCCUGGGACCAGGUCUCCGGCAGCACGGUGGAGAUCAAGAAUUUCGCUUUCUUCCGGUCGGUCACGACAGCCGACCUAGCCGGGUUCUUCGAUGUUGGUUUCUGGACCGGCAAGUUGCUCCAACUAUCCCACCAGUAUCCAGCACUGUGGCAUGCCAUGACCGCACUGGCAUGUGUACACCACGAGUUCAUCACGGAUAGAACCCCCACCACCGUCGCACGGGUGGGCGACACUCCGAAUAUGCGCUUUGCAUUGGUCCAAUUCAACAAGUCUAUCCAAUCACUCCGCAAGCUACUCUCGGGGCCAUCCCUGACUCGCCUCGACAAAUUGGUAGCGCUUAGCACUUGCCUCUUGUUUACCUGCAUGGCGAGCUUACAAGGCCGUCAAUGGCAGGCCUUUGUGCAUAUCAGUUCGGGAUUAAAGAUGUUCCAUUACUGGAAUUUAGGACUCAGGAAUAGAGAUAGACGAGACGAUGAUCCAGAUAUAGAUCUAUUACUUGUCGCUUUCACUCAGCUCGACACCCAAGCUCGUCCAUACCUCCCCAGCCAGAGGAACAAUCUCCAGUGGACGGACAGCCAAAUCAUUCUGUCGUCUACCAUAGAACCAUUCCGAUCUUUGCUGGAUGCAUACCUUGCCAUAGAAGUUCACUUCAACACUAUGAUGCGCUUUAUGCUCAGCAAAGAAUUCAGCGACCUUACCCUCAUAUCCGAGAAUCUUAUCCAGAAACAAAAAUGUGGCGACGACUUUCAGCAAUGGGACGCCAGAUUAAGCGGCUUUCUGUCUGUUGCGGCACCGUCCGAGAAGGACGACCGAGCCCUCAACCUUCUCUACAUCCGCCGUAUAUUCGCACGUAUUUUCCUGUCGCUGGAUUUCACCAAAGGUGAACUAUGCCAUGACGACUUUCUGCAAGACUAUAAACAGAUGCUUGACCUUGCUACCCAAUUAUUAGACGACCUGAAUUCAAGCCACAUGUCCGGGGAGAGACCCUCACAUCCGAAUUUCUGUCUCGCGACCACAGUUGCUGAGCCGCUGUUCCUCAUUGCUACCCGAUGUCGAGAACCCACGAUUCGUCGUGAAGCCCUUCGCUUGCUGAAGCAGUACCCCCGCCGCGAAGGGAUCUGCGAGGGGAUGGUUGCUGCUAGGAUCGCCGAGACGAUGAUCGAUAUUGAGGAGAAGGGGUGUAAUGGAGGGCAGGCGGGCUCAUGCACCACCGGGCAGUGGGUCUGCGGGAACCACCGCGUGGCCAUCCUGCAAUUCGUCCUUAUCGCGGAGCGGCAGAUGAAGAUUCUGAUCCAGACCGUCGAGGACUUGAUAUGUGGAAGAGACGAACGGGUCCUAGUUACGAGCUAUUGGUGAUCGCCUUGAGACUAGAUAGAGCUCCGUCCAUCUGACUGCAAGCCUUGCUGACCAAGGACUUGUACUCGCUGACCGUGCUCUCACUGCCUCGUCUCUCCGUUCCGUGCAUCUAAUCAUGAGAGUUGCUGUAAGCCAGAUGUUGUGCAACUCACGCAGAUUGAGACGCCGUGAUCGUAUGAGCUGAUCUCAAGUGGCACAUCCAUCAUUUUCUCAGCCACCCUUACAACCAUACCAUGACCAUCACCACUCCAAAU